AUGGCGAUACCCGAUUACAAACUUAGCGCUGUACUUUGUGGACAUUCCAUGGAUGUGCGCUGUGUAUCCACAACUAAAGAUUACUGUAUAUUAUCCGCUUCAAGAGACAGAACCGCUAUACUUUGGCACCCUGAAGGUGUAAAAGAUUUUGUCAACGUAGUAACUUAUAAAGGACACAAGAAUUUCGUUUCCUGCGUUUGCUGGCUACCACCGUGUGAAUCUUUUCCUGAAGGUCUGGUCAUCACAGGAAGUAACGACAACACAAUUCUAGGCUAUACUCUACAAGAUGGAGCUGUUCAAAUCAAUCUGAAAGGUCAUGAUAAUGCAGUUUGUAGUGUGACACCAGGGAGAGAGUCUGGCAUCUUAUUAAGCUCUAGUUGGGAUAGCACAGGUAGAGUAUGGAACAUAAAUCUACCCCAAAUGGCACCUAUUAUCUUAAAAGGCCACCAAGCAGCUGUGUGGGCUUUGGUGGAGCUGGCUAAUAGUGUUUACGCUACUGCAUCAGCUGAUAAGACUAUAAAAAUGUGGAGAAAGGAUGGUGCUUUAAUUACAACACUAACAGGUCACACAGACUGUGUCCGUGGUCUGGCAGUAGCUAGCAAUGAUACUUUUCUAAGUUGUGCUAAUGAUGCCUCAAUUAAACUCUGGACCAACAAAGGGGAGUGCCUUAACACAUAUUAUGGACAUACUAACUAUAUCUACAGUAUAAGUAUGAACCCAGGCGUAGAUAAAGGAUUUGCUAGCUGUGGUGAAGAUGGCAGUGUAAGAAUAUGGUCUGGAGGUGACUGUGUUUGUGAACUGAGACUACCGGUACACUCAGUGUGGAGUGUCACUUGUUUGGAUAAUGGGGAUGUUGUUACUGGCUCUAGUGAUGGCUUGGUUCGAGUUUUUACGAAGGAUCCAUCCCGGUUUGCAGAUGAAGCGACAUUGAAACAAUUUGAUCAAGAAGUUGAGAAAAUGCUUGUUGCGUCCCAACAAGAUUUUGGUGGAUUUAAACUCUCAGAAUUACCAGGACCAGAAGCCUUAUUAGAUCCAGGAAAAUCAGAUGGUCAGACAAAGUUGGUGCGCCGUGGUACCAACGUGAAAUGUUACUCUUGGAGUGCUGCCGAGAACACAUGGAAUGAGGUUGGGGAUGUCAUGGGUGCAAAACCAGCAAGUGAAGGGAAAACUAUGUAUCAAGGAAAGGAAUACGAUUUUGUCUUUAGCGUGGACAUUAAAGAUGGUGCUCCUGCACUAAAACUACCAUUCAAUAAGACUGAAGAUCCCUGGGUUGCUGCUCAGGCGUUUAUUCAUAAACAUGACCUACCUCAAGUGUACUUAGACCAAGUCGCCAAUUUCAUAAUCACGAAUGCGAAAUUAGACUCCUUACCAGCUUCCAGUAACGGCUUUGCAGAUCCUUUCACUGGUGAGUCGAGGUACGUCCCAGGUUCGACGGCCGUCCCUGGUUUACCGCCUCCAUCAGCCGCUGACCCCUUCACAGGGUCUGGGGCGUACACAACGGCGAGUGCGACAUCUAUCGCCUCAACGGAUAAACCGCUGGUCCCAUACGACUCUUAUAUAAGAUUCGAUCAAGCCAAUUUGAAAGCAAUUUAUGACAAACUAAAAGAAUUUAAUAGUAAAGUUGGUGACGGUCUAAGUGCCUUUACUGAAGCUCAGUUAGAAGAUAUUGUCAAAUUAGGUGAAAUGAAUUGCACAUAUAGCCCAGAAACUAUUACUUCGUUAAAGCAAAUGCUGGAAUGGCCAAAAGAAAUAUUGUUCCCCGUACUGGAUGUGACAAGGCUGGCAGUCAGAAACAAGGAUAUAAACGCUCAAAUAUUUGACACAACCCAUGGACCAACGUUUGUCAAAUAUCUCUUAGCACUAUUAACACCUGAUAACACGGCAGCGAACCAGAUGUUUGCAAUGCGAGUUAUGGUAAACGCAUUUAGUGAUCUACCUGGAGAAAUGCUGGUACUGGCUGCAAGAGAGAGCGUAGUACAUUCCCUCAUCUGUCUCCCUCAGAUGAACAACAACGCGCAGAUAGCUGCGGCUUCAUUAUUACUGAAUUUAUCAGUAGCUCUUGGCCAACAAAGCGAUACAACAGAACUUGUAGACUGUAUCAUAGAGUUGUUAAACAAAAUAACGGACAAGGAAGCAUACUUCAGAGGUAUAAUGGCUCUCGGGACAUUACUCGCUGAAUCUCCAAAUAAAUUAAUGAUUCAAACGAAAAUAGUCUCUAACUUACCACUACACAACAGGCUCAAGACCGACAGCACAUCAGCGGAUCCGAGUAGCCAAAAGAUUGCUGCCUGCUCACAACAAAUACUCAGGAUGUUAUGA